AUGACACCACCAUUCAGUGUCACUGGUGUAGACUUUACCGGCGCGCUCUACAUCCGGACACCCACAAGCUGUAAGGAAACAAAGGUUUAUAUUUGUUUGUUUACAUGUGCGGUAACGCGAGCUGUACAUCUAGAAUUAUUACCCGACUUGUCUACUAAAACCUUUCUCUAUGCAUUUCGAAGAUUCGCGGCUAGACGUUCACUGCCUAGUACAAUGGUGUCUGACAACGCUUCAACAUAUUUAUCUGCGGCCGAGGAACUACGUAAAUUGUUCGAUUCUCCCGACGUUCGAACAUAUCUUGCUAACAAACGGGUACAAUGGUCCUUCAUCCCGAAACGUGCACCGUGGUUCGGCGGUUUCUGGGAACGUCUUAUCGGCAUCACCAAAACUUCAAUCAAGAAAGUACUCGGUCGCGCAUACGUCACAUUCGAUGAGCUCAACACAAUAGUAACUGAAGUAGAAUCAGUUUUGAAUGACCGCUCGAUUACGUAUCUCUCAUCCGACUAUAAAGAUGAUGUCCCGCUUACUCCAUCACAUCUAUUAAGCGGCCGACCGUUGACUACAUUGUCAUAUGCUACGGUAGAAGAUGACGAACUCAAUGACCCGACUUUCGGAAGUCGACCUAAUAUCGUGAACCGCUAUGCUCACAUGUCUAAAUUAAACGCGCAAUUCAGGAAACGAUGGGUAUCCGAAUACCUUACCGCGCUACGUGAAAGACAUGAUAACACAGGCAAAACGGACAAUUCAGUUAAAGUCGGUGAUAUAGUUCUCGUGCACAGCGACACGGAUCGACGAAUUAAUUGGCGAUUAGCCAAAGUUGAAUGA